CUUUUCACUCUUCUGACGUGAGAGGAGAGACCAAGCCAGCCUUUCUACUCAAUAACAGUAUCGCCAACUCUUGGACAGAAUGAAACUUUGGACAUGUUCUCUUUGAGGCUAUUGAAGCAUAGCUGUUGUGAAAUCUAUUGGAAUUUGAUUAAAUGUGUACAGGAGAGAGAGACCGGGACAGGCAGAGCCGGAGGGAAUGAGCGAGGGAGAGGGGUGUGUGGUUUUGGCUGGGAUAAGAAAAGAGAUGGUUGGUCAGGAAUCUGGCUGAAGGACAGUGGGAGGAGGAACACAUGAUGUUCAGAAGUCUCUCAGAGGAACUGAAGCUCUCUUCGAGCCUAUGCUUUGGUACGGUAAGUUGGGUUAUUGAUAACAGAGCAAUGGUUUGGGUUUAUCUUGGGUUUUAUCUUUGGGUGUUCUUGUUGGGGUGUAGCCCCUCACAGCUGCAUGGGCAGGUUAUUCUAGGUAAGGGAGAAGUGUGUGGAGGGGCAGUGGAGGGCCAGUGUGACACCAACCUCACAUGUGUGUCUGUGAAGCCCGCUGACAAGGAGCAAACACCCAGUGCUGGACUCUGCAGCCCUCCCCUUGCCCCAGGCUGUGUGCCAUGCUCUGGAGUGCUGUGUCCCCAUGCCAGGCGAGUCUGCCCUGGGGGACAUGUCACUGAGCCGUGUGGCUGCUGCCCACAGUGUGCCCGUCAGAUGGGCCAGGUGUGUGGAGGCCCCCACUGGGAGAAAGGCUACUGUGACAGAGACCUCACCUGCACCCUGUUCACCGGACGCAGCCCUGCCAGACCCCCACACACCGGCGUGUGCAAAGUGUUACAUGGGCAUCAGGCAGACCCCCUGGCAGACCCCCUAUGCCCCUGGAUGUGGGGCUGCAACGUCAGGGCAGGGGCCUGUGACUGCUACUCUCUACAGACUUGCCAUGCUGCCUUCUCCUAUCACAGUUUGGACCAAUGUCUCAAAACAAUGAGAGGGGAUGAGCUCUGGAGUGAGAUGGAGGAACAAGGGGAGCAUACAUGUGUGGAAUGGGGCUGUGAGUUGCAGGGAAGCCAGUGUGUGUGUAUGGAGAGGAGCUGCUACUCACCCACACCAUUAUUCUCUGAAGACACCUGUGAAAACAUGCUGCAAAGAGCUCGCUGCAGCAAUGUAAACUGCCCUGAGGUCCAAGUCCCUUCCUGCCCUGCUGAUUCCUUCCUCACUGAGCCUUACAUUCCUCAUGGCCAAUGCUGCCCCCUGGUGCCAGCUAUCUGCACAUGCAACUUCGAUAAAUGCCCGUUGGCACCCCCGACCUGUCCUCCUGGCCAGCAAGUCCACGGUGUGGAGAGCAGGGAUGGUCUUCCAGGGGCUUGUUGCCACCAGUACCAGUGUGUGUAGGGUUAGGCACUGCUUAGGCAGCAAAGUUUGAUGAGAUGACAGACAAAGAGAAAGAAGAGAGAAGGGGUAGACAGGCCAAAGGAAAGUGCCAUGACCUCAAACAGAGCUGGACUCGACAGACAGGACUCCACUGGUUAAUAGCUGAUGGAUUGCAUGGGCAAUUUUAUAUGCAUAUUGACUCACACAUUGCCUACAGUUUUUAUUUCUGAAAUCAUGGCAUUAAUCGCUUUUUUGAGCAACGUUGCCUAAAUGUAACUAAAACCAUUUAACUCAAUUCUAAUACAUUCUAAUACAUCAUUGAUAAUCGGUUGGGAGGAAUAGGCUACUGUGCCCGUGGUAGGAUACUGGAUGUCAUGUGCUUAUUUUCAUAAUAAAGGAAACAAUAGACCCCUCUUUUCAAAUGACAUGAGUCGUGAUUUAUAUUUUAUGCAUCGUGGUCAUUUUAUUUCAUCCCAGAGGCUAUUCGAUUAUAAUAAGUGAGGGAGUAUCGCGGAACCUUUGAGGCAUUCCUGUCUGGGAUGGACGGUCAGAUUUGAGCGACACCCAAAGCACUAGCGUUUCCGGCCAGCUCAGCGCGUCCGGAGUGUUGUGUUGUCAAUCUAGCUACUGACUGUCAUUAGCUUUCACUUAGCGACACUGGCGAUCACUAGUGGUGGACAAUAACAAAUUCAGUUCCAAAAUGGUGCUGCUGACAAUGAUCGCUCGGUUGGCGGAUGGACUGCCGCUUGCCGCCUCAAUGCAGGAGGACGAACAGGGAAGUGAGAAGUUGGGUCGGGACCUGCAACAGUACCAGAGCCAGGCUAAACAGCUGUUCAGGAAACUGAAUGACCAGAGUCCCACACGUUGCACAUUAGAGGCAGGAUCCAUGUCCUUUCACUACGUCAUAGAAAAGGGAGUAGUUUACCUAGUGCUGUCUGAAGCAAGCUUUCCCAAAAAACUUGCCUUUGCUUACCUGGAAGACCUGCAGGCAGAGUUCCAUGAACAGCACGGGAAGAAGGUCCCCACUGUGUCCCGGCCGUACUCCUUCAUUGAGUUUGACACCUACAUUCAGAAGACCAAGAAGUCCUACAUAGACAGCCGAGCCCGUAGGAACCUGGGCAGCAUCAACACAGAGCUGCAGGACGUCCAGAGGAUCAUGGUGGCCAACAUUGAGGAAGUAUUGCAACGAGGGGAGGCCUUGUCUGCUCUGGACUCCAAGGCCAGUAAUCUGUCCAGCCUGUCAAAGAAGUACAGAAGCGAUGCCAAGUACCUGAACACUCGUUCCACCUAUGCUAAGCUGGCCGCAGGCGGGGUCUUCUUCAUUAUGCUUAUCGUCUACGUCCGCUUCUGGUGGCUCUGAGAGAGGAGAGGAGAUAGGGGAGGGGUUGGAGAAGAGCUGGAAGAAGUUGAGCUCUGGUCUCACAUUCUAUCCAAUAUGGGAUCCCUCCUUUUAACACAAGACUGUUGAAGACUUGUUUUUCCCAACUGUCUGUCCAUAUAUCUAUAAAGUAAUUACAUGUUAUGUUUUAUUAGCAAUUAGGUAGUCAUCCUGUAGUGGUUAUACCUUGGAGUUGAAAGAGUGUAGAGUAUUGCAUGUGAGAAUGUUUGUUUGUUUUGUGUGUGUUACCAAAUCCUGUAUGAUGACAUAUCUUCUCUUAUCAAUUUAGUUGUGUAUAGCAGUAAGAGAGAAAAAUCUACAUAGUUAUAUUUACUCAGAGGACAUCAUAAGGGCUUUGCCGUUAAUAACACUACUAUUAUUAUGUUGGCAUUGUGGUUUGGUGGAGAUUUCUUAAUGGUUAACCUGCUGUUCUGGGGUGAUCAAUCACAUUACAUGUGAUAUUGGCUGCAGAAAUAAUAUUCCUCAUUCACCUUCAUCUUCACGCUGAGAGAUUGGAACAGUUUAACACCAGACCAGACACAUUCAUCAGUUGAUGUCUAAAGGGGGCAUCUUUUAUUUUGUAAAAAGUUUACACAAGUGAAGACACCAUGUUAAAAAAAAAAUCUGGAUGAGAAUUGUAGCUAGUUUAUGUUAUGUAGCUGGCUUAUGCUAAUCAGUGGCUGGAUAGGAUAAUGAAUUUCAACUUCACUGUUUCGUCUGCUAUAAAUAAAAUGAUUUUCACUAAAG